AUGAGCCACGUAGAUGCAGCAAGGAGUGUUGUGCAAUCCAUUCGCAGCGACGCCUCACACAAGGUCAGCAGAGGUAGACUUGCUACCUCUGGCAGUCCUGUUCCUGCUGUGCGCUUCAAUCACACACCUCCGGACCGAGACUCCACAGCUCCCACCAAGGAGGACGGAUGGUUCGCGUCUGAGCGGAGGAAAUUGGUGCGCAACGCCCAAAAAGUUGCCGAAGACUUCAAAUCAAAUGUGUUCCUGAUUGGCCGCAGGAACGGUCGUUUGUACUUGUACACUUCCGAGCCGCGAAAUGUGGAAUGGCCACCAGGCCCCCAAGACAUUGUAGGAAGCAAGCGUAAUACAUCAAGUAUGGAACAAAAGGCUAACGCUUCUCGACCAGAUAAACUACCCUGUCUGCCCCGAGAUUGUUGGUUUGCCCUUAUGUUGCUCAAGGGAGAAUACCUAGAUGUUCACGUCGGCUGCAACACACUGGCUCAACAUAUCUCUUCUAUCACUCCAGGUUCCAUUCUUGCUGGCAUCUUUCAACAAGGUGGCCUGUGCUUUUUUUGGCAACGGGGAGGACCCAAGUUUCGACACGAUCCUGCGCUGUGGAUUGAGUUCAUGAAGCAGCUCGGCGAGGCCUCUCUGGCAACAUCUACAGCACAACCGCAGGGUUCCAUCCACCAGCCGGCCCUCAGCGAUGCGCCGCCACAGAAGCUACCCCCAGAACUUUGGAUAGUGGUCAUCUGCCACCUUGACAACGCCUCGGACCUCCUCCGAUCCAGCUUGGUAUCUCGCGCUUUCUAUGCAUACAUAGACACCAUCUGUGAGAAGUGGGUCUGCGAGGCAUAUCCGUUCUUGAAGCCGUACAGAAGUCAGGCAAUACCCUGGCGCGUGGUGUGGGCACUGAUUUCGACUCCGGAUUACGACUCGCUUGAGGACGGCUCGAUGCCCUUGUGCGCAGACUCACUCCCUGAAGCAGAGAGCGAAGCCGGCAAACCUCCUAAGGUGUCCAUCUCACCCACUCCAGCAGGAUUCGCGCAGAGUCUGGCAUCGGCACGGAGUGUGCUGAGACACGUUACAGCGCGCAGUGAAGGCUUGCCCAGCCUUGUGCUCAUGCCUCAUGCAUCCCGACACUGCCCAGUUCUCGCUCUCGUCCCAAUUCCCUACCCUGUAGACAAAGUCGCUUCGAUGUGUCCAUACAAGCAGGUCAAGUAUCGCUGUCUACACAGUAGAUAUCUCGUGGUCGACUGGUGUCAAGAGUACGCAAAGACUGAGGUCAAGUGUCAUCCUGUGGUUUACUACAUAGCAAAACGGGUCUGGCGAGAUGGAGGGCUUGAUCACCUUCACAAGAGAGGGGAUCCUCUCGCUCCCAACUUCGUCCCCGAAUGCGACUUCGUUGGCGAUCGCAGAUGGAUGUCCUUCUUUAUUGAAACACAGGACGGGCCAAUCUUUAGGGAACUUUCGAUGCAUAUUCUAGUCCGCCAGGUCUUGGUCCGUGAGGGGGAUCCUUCAUCAUGGCCCUACACCAUCAAGGAAGGACCCGAAGCAGGGCAGGUCAGAAAACAUGAUAUGCCAAACUGGGCAUGUGUCUCGGUAGGGUCUGCGCGGAAGGCAGUGUACAAGCAUCUCAUCCAAAAUGCUGCUUACUGGGCCAAGCAUCGUAGCUUCCACACCGAAGAGCUCUACCGAUGGCGAUUUCAGCUAGUUGAGGACGCGGAAUUGAGUCCAAGCCCUGGCGGUUCCGAUCUUGUAUUGCCCAUUGUACUUGCUUCACGCAUUCUCUAUGCAGCAUUUAUGGAGGAACACGAUAUACGGCACGGCCAACAGCAUCCCGAGCUGGUGCAAGAAAGGGGAGGCGCUGCACAGCCUCGGUACUCUUUGCCUGGAGAGGUGGAGCAUGUAAGAAAGAGCAUGGAGAGCGCCAUUCGGAUAUUCAAGGAGGCAAUCAAGCAGCACAAGAUUACCUUGGAAGCGGUUUUCCAGGCUGCAACGCCUGAAGGCCGGGCCUAUCUGGGGAAGUGCGAGGCUUUGCCUAAUGAUGCUCGAUACGAACUUGGACGACCCCGAGAGAUAUGGCUGAGCGCUUAA